AUGUCCCCUUCAUACGGCAAUCUAGCAGCCCUGAAUCGGCGACUCCAGAAUAUAAGCCAGCACCCAGUCGACCAGAGCCAUCCGAUCAAGCUUGAAGAUUUCGAGAUCAAACCCACCAAACCCAAGUACAUAUGUGCAGAAUGCGCCUGGACGACAUCAGCGAACGCUGGUGCUCUCGCCCGUCAUUUCACCGUAAAACACACCUCCCGUCUCCAAUGUUCUGACUGCGAACGUCUUUGUGAAAAUCGAGACGAGUUGGAGAAGCACCGGUUGGAGAAGCACAGACACCUCUGUCUGGGUUGCCAGAGGUUCUUCCCUACCGUGAACGAAUGCAAACAUCACGAACCAUGUGAGAUGGAGCACCGCAUUGCUCCAGCAACUGGAAAUGGUGCUUCAUCCCAUACAAUAAUUGAGCAACCUACAGGUGGGAAAGCUCCAGCCAGCGGACAGAGUAUUCUAAACAGGAGAGGCAGUGUACAGUCCGGAUCUUGCCCAGACCCGGGAUGCCAGCUCACCUUUCUAGACUUUGAUACCCUGUACGAGCAUUAUGUCGGUCUACAUCCUCUCUGUAUCGUCUACCGUGGCCAUUCAAAACCAUUUAAAUGUCCUUUCUGUUCAAAGAGAUACCAGCAUGACCGUUUUAUCCCAGGACACGUCAGAACUCACAAGUCAAAAUCUUUGGACGGGCCGCGGAUUGGAGACGCCGAGGAUCAGGAAGCCCUAAUUCGACAGUCUCAAGCUGCUAUGGCAAACAGAGAGUCCGAAUUGCGCUUCAAAGCCCAAGACGAAGCUGACCGUACCUCGAGCGACGAGGAAGAGUACUCCGUACCUAUAAAAGAGGAAGAGGAAUACUCUCUAGUCCUCAAAGAUUGUGAGAUCUACAUCGAUGACGGAUUAGAACCUUUAAAUCAACUUCCGGAGCAGCCAGAUCAACUCAAGGAGCCAGAGCAUCAGCGCUUCAGCGAGACGACGCCAAUCGGAAUAGUGCUUCAAGCCUCGCCUGCAGACUUACCUAACUCUCCUCCUGCGAAUGAGACAGCGGCUGUCGAAGCCGCGGCCGCAACCUCGACUGUCGAACCCGAAAUGUCUGAUUCGAUGGACCUGGAUGACGACUACCCCGAAAGAUUUGCCCUCGAUGACGACGAACUUCAGUCGGGAAGGAGCAAUCUAGAAUCCAGCAUCGUCGAUGCCCAAAUUGUAGACGGCAUCUUCCAUCAAAGUCUCUCACGUGAGAUAGUACGCGCUCUCCAAAUGCAGCACUUUAUCAACGUCAGUGAAGUCGUGGACCUAUUUACCUACUUCCUCGACCAACCUCAGCGCUUUUACGUCCUGGAACAGCUCGCAAGCAUCAAUGUCAACCAGCAUGACAGCAUGAUCUUAGAAGCGUUACACGGCACCGUCUUAAAAGCCCUUAUCGAUGCCUGGGUCGACUUCAAACGUCUCGCUAUCCGCUCUGCCCCUCAGCUGAUAAUACAAGCCAAUAAUCAGAGGAUUGGUUCCGGAAAGUCAGUCACAUGGGCUCUUCUUCAGUACUGUCUGAACCUCGAAAACAUGAUCUAUCGAAACAAGGUAAAUAUCGCGCACCACUUCCUUCGGGACCCGCCUCUUGACGAUUUCGUGCUCGGUAUGGACGCUCCGUUCCCUCGCCUCGUGGCUGCUCUUGCGGACCGGGUCAGAAACAGGACAGUGCAUGACCUAGCAAUUGUGUUCACCAACGAGAUGAUUCUGAGGGAGAUGAGCGAUUAUGUCAAGAUAUUGCAGAUGGUUUUCAGGCCGCUGUAUCCAGUUGCCGCGGGACAUGAGAGGCUGUGGAGGGAGCUGCGAUUACUUUGA